GCGGAGUAGAUCUAUAUUUGUUACAUUAGUUAAUCCUUAAAUUUUACUCUUCUAGACUAGAUUUAGUUUAGAUCUAGUCUAGCUUUAGUAAUUCUUUACACCAUUUUCACACUUUAUUUACUCUUUACUGCAUAUUAUUAUCUUUACACACCAAAAACACUGGCUUAUGAUGUCUCAAUACCACAAAUCGUCUAAUCCCUUUGAAGACGAUGAAGAGGAAGGAGCGAACGACUUUGUCGUUGUUGACAAAAAAUCGUCUGGCCAAAAUCAGGCAUCAUCACGCUCAGCUAUGACAGGCUCUUCUUCUGGAGCUUAUCAAAGAGCAGCUCCACAACAAAAUCGUCCGCAUAAUCCUAAUUCUUAUUCACCAUAUUCAACCACAUCAAACUAUUCAGAUGAAGAUAAUCCGUUUGAAGACAAACGGCAGAAUCUUAUCAGACAAAUUGAAAACUCAGAAAACACUCAACUUGAAAGUACGCAGAGAGCUUUAGCUAGUCUUUAUGAUUCAGAAGCCAUGGGUAUUGCAACAGCAGAGGAGCUUAUAAGACAAGGGGAAACUUUGAACAAUAUUGAAACUAAAACUGAAGGAAUGCAACAAAAUUUAAAGACCUCUCAGCGACACUUGAAUAAUAUUAAGAGUGUUUUUGGAGGAAUAAAAAACUGGUGGAGUUCUGAUAAAAAAGCAGCAGCCAAGCCUGCAGAAGCCGAUGCAAACACAAGGUUACGUACCACAGUUGAAAGUAUUGAAAAAACCAAGCCAGAUGUAAGUGGCUUCUAUAAUGAUGAAGAUGAUGAAAUAAAUGCUAAAUUUAUGGCUGGAGCACGAAAAACCCAGACCACUGGUCAGUACAGUAUGAUAUCUCCUAUUACGAGGUCAGCCAGAGAAGAGGAAGUGGACCAAAAUCUUGCUUUGAUGUCUGAUGGUAUGUCCAGACUGAAAAAUCUUGCUAUGGGACUAGGAGAUGAAAUAGAGAGGCAGAAUGAACAGCUUGAUAGAAUAAAUAUCAAGGUUGAUAAAACGGAUGAACUGUUAGGCCACCAGAAUACACAGAUGAGGAAGAUUCUGAAAUAGUGAUCUGAAAACUAGCAACAAUCCUUAAUUUGAUUGUUGAGCUUGUUUGUUAAUAGUCUUACCAUUUGAUACAUAUUUUGUUUCUAUAAACUUACUUUUAUUUAGAAAAAAAUUUCAGUAAUAACAGUAUUUUUUUUUAAACAUGCUCUUUUAGAUUAAUUAAAUUAGUUGACUAAUAAAAAUUAAGUCAAAGUUGCAAAGCAGUUGAAGACAAGGUAUACAGAGCAUAAACAACAGCUGUUCUUGUGAACCUUGUUUUGUGUUCAAAAACUUUUUUUACCCUAUACAAUUACUUAGUUAAUAGAGUAAAAAAAAAUUCACUUUAAAAGAAAUAACAGGCCAUACUUAAAUGACAAAGGUUGCUCAAUAUUUACUUAUCAUUUUACUUAGAAGUAGAAAAAGUGUAAACUGUAGUUUAUCCACUGUGGUCUUAAAUUGUUUGGUUUGCUAGGAAAUAAUUAGAAAUAUACAAUUUUUUUCUAGACAAUUAUAAAUAGAGUAACUAUUAUUGUUGCAUAUUUUAAAUUUAAUUUAUUGAAACUUGAAUAUUUCUACAUCAUGUUGAAAUAUAAUAAUUACAUGUUUUUAAUAUAGUUUCAGUUGGCUUUUAUUAUAGGAAAAGAAAAUUUAAAGAUUUUAAUGACUUGUUUAUUUUAAAAUAAGUGAAGUAAUCUCGUCAUAUGUGUAAUGUGAUGAAAGUUGUUUGUGAUAUUGAUUUCAGCUUCAACUUAUUUGAAUUUUAGUGGCGAAUGUUCAUCUUGUACAGUAAAUUUAAAACUUGUUUUUGUCUUAAUUUUCAUCAUUAAAACAAUGCUGAAUGCUUGCUUAAACGAGGGUUUAAAGAAUUUUGAUUUUUUACAAAAAUGUAUGUUUUAAAAACCUAAUGAGUCCAAAAUUAUUUCUAAAGUUUUGGGGUUUAUUUCAAAGAUGUAAAUAUUUUUUUCUGAUGUAUAUUUUUACAACUGACAGCAGUUAACUGAGGUUUUGGCUUUUAGAUAAACAUGCACCUUUAACAACUGCUGAUAGGAACUUUAUGAUUGUACUUUUCUGUGUCAACUCUAAAAUUUGGCAUCAGAUAUAUAUAUAUAUAGAGGCUUGUAGUAUGAAGUCACAUAGCCCACCAAACAUCAGGGAGGAUCAUACCAACCAGUGUGCAUUUUAAUUUUUUUAAUAACUUUUUUUGUAUGAUGACACAACAUAACAUUCCUUCUGAGUUUCCUGCAACACAUUCAAACUAUUUAUAUAUGUUAAAAAUAAAACCUCUCUCUCACCCAAUUCAUUGUUUCUACCAUCGAUAUCACCAGUGUAAUAUUUACAUAGUUACUACCGUACCAAUGUUGAUUAAAAAGAUCCAUAGCUGUAGUAAUUUAAUCAAGCUGUUGAAAAUGACAUAACUUAAUUUUGUGUAUAGUAUUUCCUUCAAAAACAAAGGUGAUGUGCAUAAUUUAGUGUUAAUAGAUUGUAUUUAUUAAAAUUCAGUCUGGAACUGUAUAUAAUAUUUUUUUAGGUAGAUAGUUUUAAAAUUCUGUUCCUUUUUAUGAGGAUAUUGCUUAUUUUUCUCUAUAUUAUCUGUAUUCUAAUUUUUGAUGAUUGAUGGAUUCAAUGAGUUAUGGAAAUCUGGGAAUUUCUUCUAUAUAUUUGGUUACUAGAUUUUUAAACAGAAAAGCAUCAUCGUUUACAAACAACUAGCCAGAGUUUUAUUUCUCUUGUUUCUGUUCCUUCAUAUUAGUUUAUUUUAAUUACAGUUUCUGAAAAAUUAGUAACAAUAAUUUAAAAUCACUUGUCUUUGAUGAGUUGUAAGAUAGCAAAUACUACUAUUAACUUGUUUUUCUAUUGUAGGAGAAUACUUGCAGCCUUUAAUGUCAAGCUGUGCAAUAUUAUAACAAUAAAACAUACAUGGACAUGAUACACCCAAUUUAAAUGUUUUAAACUAAUUUCUUUUUUAAUUGCUAGUUUUGUGCUUGAAUUGUGCAGCUUGUCUGUUUCUGUGCUCAAUUAAACUUAAUUGUUCAUUGUAUUCUUGAUAAUUUAAAUAUGCUAGGAAAAAUAUGAUCUGUAAACUUUUUAACAGUUACGAUUAACAUCCUUUUGCAGGUAUCUUAUUUAAUAAACUCUGCUUAAAAUUCCCUUUGUGGAAUUUCUUGG